AUGUCUCAAUUUGGUACAACCAACGCCUUGGCACCUGCAGCAGCAUCUUCAUCCUCAUCAUCAAUGUCUCCACCCACAUCGCCCCUUGAUCAGAACACCUUUUCUCCUUAUCAAUUGCAAAACGAAUUAUUAUCUCUAGAGGAUAGCUUAAAGCAACAUCAACACUAUGCAUUGAAUCACUCAAACGUCUAUCAACCACCAUCAUAUGAAUUCCACCACCACAAUCAAAGCACGUAUCACCCAGUUGGGGAUAGAUCUGAAACUACAGCCAUCAUCACUUCAAAGUUACAAAUCCGCGUGGAUGGCAUUCCCGAUAGUGGUGCAAAGUCCAGAGUAGAAACUCAAAUCAAACUUUGUGUGUCGCUCACUACAAAGGAUGGCAUGAAAGCUCCUUAUUGGUCGUACAUCAGAAUUCCUGAUUCAAUGCUGGCAAGAUCAAAACUGCGAAAAAGUCAGCAACAAAAGCUGCUUGAUGGCAGUGCUGCUGCUAUGGUCUCUGACGAAUCCAAGGUCCUUGAUUUGGAGGCUCGUGUCGUCUGUGAAAGCGACGAAAACAAAAAGAUCAAAAUGUGUCAAGGCUGUGUCCGCAGAGAGCGUAAACGAGCCGAAAGAAAGAAGGACUCAAAGCCGUCUCUCCAUCAAAUGAACGCUGAUGUCUUGGAUGAAGCUUUUGAAAGAGACCGCCAGCGUAUUCUCUUGUUCAAUUGCGAGCCACUUGUGAAUUUCAGCAUUGGUGAUGCCAUUUUACCCACCCGUAUCACUUGCUACUGUCGCCACCACAAUGAACGCAUUGGAUUUCGAGUCCGUUUUGCUUUGAGAAAUGACAAAGGCAUGAUCGUAGCAACUGGAGAGUCCCCUCCAAUCAUGAUCACUGACGAUCAUAAGAGCCCCAAGCAGCGUGUUCCCUCCCUCUCGGUUUCCAGAAAGAGACGUAGAACCGUGCCAUCUGAAUCUGAAGACGAAUUCGACGCAUUGGCCACCCCUGUUUCCUCAAGAAAAACCAGUGUUUGCGGAAGUGAGCCCGAAUACGACAAGAGUCCGCAUGAUACGCCCGUUAUCAAUGCUUCUACUGCUGCCACCAUGGAUCCCGGUUACUUUGUGUCUGCAUCAGCUAAGACUACUAGCAGUAAUACACCAUCUGUGCUUGGUCAUUUCAUUACCUCUCCAUUGCCCACACCGAGUGAGGAGAACAUCUCUAUGCUAACCACAUCUCCCAAAACGCCAACCACAGCGACAUCUGACUCCGUUUGGCAAAACAUGCUGCCUUACGGUUCCGUUCAACUCCCGGCGAAUGAUAUGUCAAAUUUACAUCAUCGUUGUACACAAAGCACGCCAACAUCCAUAAGAUUAUCUCAUCCUAUCCUUUUGCAAAAUAAUGAUUUCGAUCUUCCUCCUAACCCUCGCCGCCGACGUAUGAUGGAAGACAUCAUGAUUCCCGAUACAUGCUCUCCAUCUCUGCUUACUGUCGCUUCCGUACCAUCAUUGACUACCUCAGAUUACUCGCCUUACGCCAUGACCUCUUCUGCCCCUGUGUCUCCCACUGCUGUUGCGUCUUCCGACCCUUCUAUCAUACCUACUUUAGACCGUAUUGUGCCAUCGCAAGGCCCUACUACAGGCGGCGUCGAAGUGACAAUUGUGGGUGAAAACUUCCACUACGGCUUAACCUUGAUGUUUGGGAACCGUGCUGCAACCACUGUGAGUUGCAACUCCAACUCCAUUGUUUGUAUCCUUCCUCCUGCUGAACACAAUGGCCCAGUUAUCGUAUCAUUCAAGGAGCACCCUCUGAUCAGAACAAGCCCAGUGCCUCCACUCUUUGAUUACUUCAACUCCUCACAUCAAGAUAUGGUUAAUCUAUCCAAUCGAGUCGUUGGUACCCACACGCCAUCUGCUGCUACUACAAACCCCAAUGGUGGCUAUUUUCAGCAAGCUCCCACGUCAACAAAUCCUAGUCAGCAAUCUUCACCCAUGAGCAGGUCUGCCACAUCUUAUACCAUUGAUUCUCAUGGUGAAGCAUCGAGCAAUUACUUCAAUGCAGUUUACCAGCAGAACACUGAGCUUGACAUAUUAGAUGUCUUGUCUUCUGCCCGUUUUGAUAGCUCUUGUCUCGCUCAAACCACUUUAGGGGGCCAAAAUUUGCUUCAUCUUGCCGCCUAUCUAAACUACCCCACACUGGCUGCUUUCCUGAUCUCCAGAAACCCUGCCUUGGCUCAAUCUCAAGAUCGCAAUGGUGUCUCUCCUCUUCAUUUUGGCUGCCAUUCAAAAGCAAGUAUCAUUAUCCAACUCUUGCUUAAAGCUGGAGCAAGUGUAGGCAUGGCAUCUAGCAUUGGCACUCCCAUUGAUCUUGUUGGUUCCAUGCUGAAUCCCGUUGAAUACAGUGACAUGGAGAGACAGCUUCUGGAUACAAGUGUCCAGUCUCCUGAGAUGAAAGUGAGCCCAGUCUCUUGGUUACCCAAUCUAUUCGUUAAUGCUGCAUCGCAGUUGUAUCAGCGCAACACUAUAGCUAUAAGUCCAUGCGUUGAUUUCUAUCUGACAAAUGCAGCCAUUCCAGUCCAAGAUGGAGGCUCAUUAUUAUAUCACAUCUAA